AUGACAUUCCAUAGACCGAUCACCUUCUUCUUUCUCCUCCACGACAUUGCCCCGCUCUUCGACCUCCGUCGUCCCGAAAUCAACAACUCCUUGCCGCCUUCCAAAAUGUCCUCCCGAUGGGACGUGGAGCCACCCUCCGCCACCGACUCCCCUCGGCAGCUCCCCUCCCAAUCUCAACCCAACCCGACCGCAUCCGAAAAGCCAUCGACACUGUUCCGCUCGCGCAGAAGGCCCACCAAGAAGCGGCGGCGCGCGCUUUCCGACGUUCUGGAACAACCUACCUCCGCACCCAAAUUUACCCCAGCAUCUCUCCCACACCCCCCGAAAACCCCCCAAGCACUAGCAAAACCGCCUCCCCGCGUCCCCGCCAGGCCCGAGAAGCAAAUCUCGGCCUCAACGCCUCCUACCCGCCGCUCUAGAUGGGACGCAAUCGACGAACGCUACCACAAAGCUGCUGCCCUCCCCUCCACGAGUUUCACCCCUUCCUCCUACGGCAGAGCCAGCACUCCGUUCUCCUCAACCACCCCCACCGAUGCCGCACAAUCUUCUGCUCCCGACGACGCAGGUUACAAAGCAUAUGAGCAGGAGCAGGACCGCGCCGAACGCGAGUGGUAUUUAGGCGAGUACUCUGACCGUACGCUGCCCGUCGCUGACGAAGCAGCCGUCGCAGAGCGUCAGUCGCGACGGCUUACGGCCAAAGCAGCCGCGAGAAACGCUGAUGCCGUACGGUGGGAAGAGCGCCAGAUGGGUUUCGCCCUUUACGCAAACGUGAAACGCUCUGCUAUGAGUGCAGAUAUUUCGGAUGAUGCGGCGCCCAGAGUGGCGUUACUAGUGAAGGAGCUUGUGCCCAAUUUUUUGAGGAGGGAAACAAUAGUCAAUGAGAAAGCGGUCCUCGCGAUGGGAGGGAAGGGGAACGCGGUUAUUGGGCAGGAUGUUGUAUUGCCAGUGAAAGACCCCACGAGUAAUAUGGCGAUUAUUGCCCGGAAGGGGUCGCAGACAGUGGAGCAUUAUCGGGAAACGAGAGAGCGGGGCAAGGCGCGUACGAAAUAUUGGGAGCUUGAAGGUGCGACUGGGGCCAAGGAUAAGGAGCAUGCAGAGAUGGAUGCGGAGAAAGACGCGAGGAUAGCUGCUGCCAUUGCGGCGCCAGAGGACUGGAAGAAGGAUAUGAAGUUUUCGACGGCGUUGAAGCGGCAGAAGAACCCAUCGAGUAAUGACGGUGCUGAUGCGACCUUGAAUACUGCAGAGUCUGUUGCGAUCACUAGAAGAUCUUUGCCCGUUUAUUCUGUAAAGAAUCAGCUGAUGAACAUCAUCCGUGAGCAUCAGAUUUGUGUUAUCGUGGGGGAGACAGGGUCUGGAAAGACUACACAGCUGACCCAGUAUCUUGAAGAGGAAGGAUACGCUCGUUUCGGCAUUAUCGGUUGUACGCAACCGAGGAGAGUUGCCGCCGUAUCUGUUGCGCAGCGGGUCUCAGAGGAAUUUCAUGGCGGGUCGGAACUGGGGCAACAAGUUGGAUAUACCAUUCGCUUCGAGGAUUCGACGAGCGAAAAGACGGUUAUCAAAUACAUGACAGAUGGCAUAUUGCUACGGGAGAGCCUAGGCGACCCAGAGCUAGAGCGAUAUUCGGUCAUCAUUAUGGAUGAAGCUCAUGAGCGAAGUCUCAAUACUGACGUUCUCUUCGGUGUGCUGAGAGGUGUUGUGACCAGGCGUCAAGAUCUCAAGGUCAUCAUUACAAGCGCAACCCUGAAUGCGGAAAAGUUCGCUAACUUCUUCGGUGCCGCCCCAAUCUUCAAAAUACCUGGGCGAACAUUUCCAGUAGAUACCUUCUUUUCUAAGACCCCGAUCGAAGACUAUGUGGAUGGCGCCGUCUGGCAGGCAAUUCAGAUACACAUUCAAGCCCCACUCCCAGGUGACAUUCUCAUUUUCAUGACGGGGCAAGAAGACAUCGAAACGACAUGUGAGGCAUUAGCUGAGAAGAUUGGGAGGCUUGAGAAGCCGAGGCCGUUGUUGAUUUUGCCGAUUUACUCGCAGUUGGCAGCUGAUCUCCAAGCCAAGAUAUUCGAGCCUGCGCCGGAGGGAUACAGGAAAGUUGUUGUUGCUACGAAUAUCGCCGAAACCAGUUUAACUAUUAAUGGUAUUCACUACGUUAUAGAUUCUGGAUACUGCAAAUUGAAGACAUACAAUCCCAGACUCGGUAUGGAUGCAUUGCUACUCUGUCCAGCAUCACAAUCAUCGGCAAACCAACGUUCAGGGAGGGCCGGUCGAACGGGACCUGGUAAAUGUUAUCGAUUGUUCACCAGCUCGGCAUACGUGACCGAAAUGCUGGACACAAAUGUACCAGAGAUUCAACGCACAAAUUUGAGUCACGUGGUAUUGCUUUUAAAAACUCUUGGAGUGAAAGACCUUCUCGACUUUCCUUUUUUGGAUCCUCCCCCCGCGGAGAACAUUUUAAAAUCCAUGCUCGGGUUAUGGCUCCUCGGAGCAUUUGACCUGGAUGGGAAUCUGACGAAGUUAGGUAGAAGAAUGGCUAUUUUCCCAUUGGACCCAGCACUAUCGAAUCUACUGUUUCGAGGAGAGGAGUUUGGGUGCCUUCUGGAGGCUGUCACAAUCGUUGCAAUGCUAUCAGUCCCGAACGUGUUCAUGCGGCCACAUGGGAGAGAAGAUGAGAGUGAUAGCGCUCGGGAAAAAUUCUUCGUGCCCGAAAGCGACCACCUAACACUGCUUCAUGUGUACCAACGCUGGCGAGCAGCCGGGUGCAGGACAGAUUGGUGCGCAAAGCACUACAUCAGCGGCAAGAGCAUGAGAAAAGCACGAGAGGUGCGAGAGCAGCUUUUGGAAAUCGUGCGAUCUGAAGGCAUGGCAGAAACCUCUACUGACGAAUGGGACUCGAUCCGCAGGGCUAUCGCGUCUGCCUUCUUCUAUCAAGCAGCUCGCAGAAAAGGUAUCGGUGAAUACAUCAAUAUUCGAUCUGGUGUGGUAUGCGGGUUGCAUCCCACAUCUGCAUUGUACGGCACAGGUCUGAGCCCGGAUUAUGUGGUUUACCACGAAUUAAUAAUGACAAGAAAGGAGUACAUGAGUUGCGUGACAGCUGUUGAUCCACAUUGGCUUGCCGAGGCAGGUCCCGCUCUAUACAUACUCAAACAGGCUGGUGAGGAAGGAGUUCAAGCUGCAAAACGCUUGCGCGAGCGACGCGCAAAAAUUGAAGAUCAAAUGCGUUUGUCAAGCCAAGAAACACUUGAGUCCAAGGUUCCCAGCGAAUCAGGAAAGUAG